UUGAACUGUCAAUUAUUAUAUUUGUCCAUGGGCUCCAUUAUUUAUGAUUUUACAGUAUAACCAAAUUUGUUUCAUUGGAAACCUGUUGACCUAAUUUGAAACAUCAAUAAGAUUAUGUUUCCAAGUGAUGUGAUUUGGGGGUUUUUCUCCAUUGCUCAAAUUUGUGUAGGGCUCAUGGGCAACUCAUUGUUCUUUACGUUAUAUAUGUACACCUUUUUAACUCAGUCUUACCUGAAAAGGCCCAUGGAUUUAGUCUUCACACACCUGACAUUGGUCUAUGUUUUGACCAUCAUGUUCAGGUUGAUACCAGAUACCAUGUCAUCCUUAGGAGCAAGACAUUUUCUGGAUGAUGUUGCUUGUAAGGCAACAAUGUACACAUACAGGGUUACCCGGGGUCUUUCCAUCUGUACAGCCUCUCUCCUGAGUGUAUUUCAAGCCAUCACCAUCAGUCCCAGUAAUUCUAAAUGGGCAUGGCUUAAACCUAAAAUCUCUACCUGCGUUUUCCCCUCUUUCCUUUUCUUCUGGAUCAUCAAGAUGCUUCUUUAUACCAACGUCAUCAAAGAGCUCAUAGCCAGCACCAAUGUCACAAAUGUUUCUUCUGUGUAUUCUCUAGUGUAUUGUCAGACUAAGCAGCUGAAACCCAACUAUUCACGGAUAUUUAUAAGUGCCAUGAUUUUUCACGAUGUCUUCUUUGUGUUCCUCAUGAUGUCAUUCAGUAUCUACAUGGUGAAUCUCCUCUACAAACACCGUCAGAGAUUCCAGCAUGUUCACAGCCCCAGCCUCUCUUCCCAUCUAUCUCCUGAAAUCAAAGCCACCCAUACUAUUCUUUUGCUGGUAAAUUGCUUUGUUUUCUGUUAUUUCUCAAACAACUGCAUUACCCUUUAUUUGUUAUGUAAACCUGAGAAAAACCCCAGACUGGAGAGAAUUCCUGGGAUUAUUUCAUCCUGCUAUCCAACCAUUUGCCCUUUCGUGCUGAUGAAAAAUCAUAAGAUUAUUUCCAAAUUUACUUCCUCCCUUUCAAGGAUGAGAAUUAUCUUUUUUUCUCAAAGAACAUUAAGUAGAUGA